AUGCACCGGCGAGCGAAAGAAGACUCCGGCUAUGCAACGAAUCACGGUGCCGGUAGAAACCCCUCUCUGGACCUGAGCCGAGAAAAGCUCCCCGCGAUGCUCUGCCACGCUGAGCAGAUCCUCCAGGCCCUGGACUCCUAUCGGCGGGAGGGCAUCUUCACUGACGUGGUGCUAGCCAUGGACGGGCAGGAGUUCCCGUGCCACCGCGCCACUCUAUCUGCCAACAGCGCGUAUUUUCGGGCGAUGUUCGCCGGCGGCCCGAAAGAAGGCCGCCAAGACGUCGUCGACCUCCGGAAGAUCCCUGCACCCGCCAUGGGCCUCGUCUUGGACUACAUGUACGGGAGGAACGUGGUCGUCCGAGAAGACAACGUGGAAGGGAUCUUGGAGCUGUCCAACCUGCUUCAGAUCCCCAAACUCCAGGAAGCCUGCGUUGACUUUUUGGAAGGUCACCUCCACCCUUCCAACUGCUUGGGCCUCAGGCGGUUCGCCGACACCUUCUCCAUCCCGUCCCUGGCGGAGAAGAGCAAGAGAGUGGUGCUGGACGGCUUUGUGGAGGUGUCGCGCCGUGAGGAAUUCCUGGACCUGGAGGCCGGGGAGCUCGCCGAGUACCUGGCAGACGAGCGGUUGGCUGUUCCGAAAGAGGAAGUGGUCUUUGAGGCUGCCAUGCGAUGGGUGCGCCGGGAUGCGGCCACACGCCGAGGGGCCUUGAGGGAUCUACUGGAGUGUGUCCGUCUCCCUCUCUUGGACCCCUGCUACUUCGUGGAGAAGGUGGAGACGGACAAGCUCAUCCGGGCGUCCAGGGAGUGUCUUCCUUUGAUGCAAGAAGCCCGGAAGGGUUGCCUCCUAGGCAAUGAGGUCGGCUCUCCGUGGUCUCAACCAAGAAGGUUCACGGAACUAGCCGAGAUGAUAGUGGUGAUCGGAGGCUGUGAUAGAAAGGGUCUUCUGAAACUCCCCUUCGUGGACAUGUUCCAUCCUGCGAGUGGGCAGUGGAAGCCGCUCGCCAGCAUGCCGGGGUGCAUCAAAUCGGAGUUUGCCGCCUGCGCUCUGAAGAACGACGUGUACAUCUCAGGAGGCCACAUCGGCAGCAGAGAUGUCUGGAUGCUGAGCCCAAAGCUGAAUACCUGGAUCAAGGUUGCCUGCUUGAGGAAAGGCCGGUGGAGACACAAAAUGGCCGCUCUCCUGGGAAAGAUCUAUGCAGUGGGUGGGUAUGAUGGCUUUGACCAGCUCGACAGCGUGGAAUGCUAUGACUCCUUCUGCAACACCUGGACAGCUGUGGCCUCUCUGGCGGAAGCCGUAAGUUCGGCUGCUGUCGCGUCCUGCCUCGGCCGGCUGUAUGUGAUCGGGGGCGCGGUGGGCAGCAGCACCAAUACAGAGAAGGUGCAGUGCUACAAUCCAGCGACCAAUCAGUGGAGUCUUCUGUCUCCCACCCCUUUUAAUCUGAGGUGUAUGAAUGCCAUCACUUUGAACAACUUGAUUUACGUUGUCGGGGGGCUUUUGAAGAAAAUCUUCUGCUACGACCCCCGGAAGGACACCUGGAGUGAAGUGGCUUCCCUUCAUGGACCUCUGAAGCGAGAAGACAAAGGGGGCUCCCAAUCUCCAGAAACCAGAGCUGCUCAUCCACCCUUGGGGAUGUCGUCGUCGAAACAAAAACACCUCCUGCUGCGAGAGGAUUGCUCAAAAGACGGCCACGCCUUGUGGGGGGGCCCCAGCUGA